AUGCUAGGCCUGCUAUUUUUGGGGGCCGUAGUCAGCUCUACCGCCGACGUCUUCGGACAGGAGUGUACGACUGCGGCGCAAAAGGACACAUGCGCGACCAAGAAGUGUAUAACGGUCAGCGGCACCGAACUGUGCCGCGAGUGCGUUGGCGGAAAAGUCCCUAUCGACGGGAUUUGUAAGGACACUACUGAUUCCAGUGUUAGUUUAUAUGGAUGCGAGCAUUCUAGUGGCACUGGAUUUUGCACCUCGUGCAAGGAUACCGCCUUCCUCUUCUACGGCAGCUGUUACGCUAUAGACAAGGUUCCGGGAAACCUUGUUUGUAGCAAAGCAGAGAGUGGCAAGUGUACGGAGUGCAGACAAGGAUCAAAGUUUCUGUUUACAAACCCCGACGACAGUGCGGCGGAACGGUGCAUAUUGUGCUACGACAACGUCGGCUUCGGCUCAUAUAAAGGCGUCGAUGGCUGCAGGUACUGCCUGCCUCCGCUCACCGGAGAGACAUCUGCAGAGUGCAACUGGUGCCAGAAUGAGAAGUAUGGCCCGAUAGACGGAGUAUGCAAAGAGCCGAGCAGGCACUUGUGCGCCGACGGGGCCUGCUCAAACUGUUACAUGACUCACAUUCAGCACAACGGAGGGUGCUACACAAAGACAGAAACCGUUGCACAGAAGAUAUGCACCACCGAAAACCAGUUCCAAGUAAUUAACAUCACUGCCUGCAAGAAGUGCGCCAUUAAAGGGGAGGUCCCAAUGGACGGGCGGUGCAUAAAGGGCUUGCUCGAACCAAAGUGCAACCCGUAUCCUAACACGGAUGGUAGCUGUACCAACUGCACAAGGAGCGGGGUCAACUACAACACGUUCCUGUUCAACGGGGGUUGCUACAACAUGAGUGACUACAUCGGGUCCCAGAUCUGCACCAAGGUCAACGAUAGGGCAGAAUGCGACGCUUGGAACACGGGAGAUUACGGCGUCUUCAAGCUCCCAGACUAUCACAUGGCCUACCCGUGCAGUAACACGUCUGCUGGUGGAAUCCAGGGUUGCUCGCGCUGUCGCUACAACAAUACAGAAAAGAAGGUCAUCUGCUACGAUUGUGAGUAUGACACGCUAGCCUUUGAUGGGAUGUCAUGUAUUACUGAGACCAACUGCAAUGGGGAUCACAGGCAGCGCAAAUGCCCUGGGAGCUCCAAAAGAGGAUGCAGAUGCGAGUGCAUGGACAAGUACUACAGGAGCGGCGAGCAGUGCUCUGCGUGCGCAAGCUCAUGUUUGAGGUGCAAUAACCAGGAGGCGAAUUCCUGUACGUUGUGUCCCUCCGGCCAGGCACUUGCAUACAAUGGCGACGGGACUACAGGGACGUGCAAGGCCGGCUGCACGCCAGACAGCACUUGCGAAGCCUGUGGUCUGGAGGUCGACCAGACGAAAUACUGCUCUAAAUGCAAAGAUUCCGCCCAGUACCCCCUGAAUGGCGCGUGUACACCGGCGAGCAAUGCCAGGGCGUCUGCUUGUUUGCGGCAAUCCGAUGGGGCGUGCCAGCAGUGCUCGUCAGGCUACUUCCUGAUGGGGGGCGGCUGCUACCAGGUCAGCAAAUACCCAGGCCGGUUUGUGUGCAAGCGAGCUGACGGCGGAAAGUGUGUGGACACCACGGACGAGUACAACAUCAACAGUAAGGGCGAGCUUGUAGACUGCAACUCCAACUGUGAGACUUGCGUGAAGGGCCAAAAGACGCAGUGCCUGUCGUGUCAUUCGAACAAGUACCUCAAGAAGGAGGGGACAACCUCUUACGGCACCUGCGUGAGCCGUAACGACUGCAAGGACGGAUAUUACGCCAAUCAUGACACCAUGGAGUGCCUCCCGUGCAACAUCAACGACUGCGUCACAUGCCAUCUUAUUGACAAGUCAAUUUUGUGCAGUCUAUGCCGCGGGACCAGCCUUGUGGGCCUCGACAAACGCUCGUGCACGACGAUCGCCCCGGAGAACGCUGUCGAAUUCUGGGGCAGGUAUGUGUGCAACGAGGACUCGGUCCUUUCAGGCAACGCGUGCGUGAGAAAGGACUCUCAGGACACUGGAAGGCUUUCCAACAAGGCGUCCAUUGGGAUCGGAGUCGGAGUCAGCGUGGUCGUGCUUGUCUUGAUUGGCGUUCUGAUUUGGUGGCUAGUCUUUCAGAGGAGAAGGGGUUCUGGUUUUGGAGGCAGCAGAGAUAUGCUGACGUCCAGGGACUAA